AGCCGCCGUCCACCAUUAAAACUUUCUUGUUUGUUUACCAUUUGUCUUUCUUUCAAAUCCCAUCACUUUCAUUUUGGAACUUUCUUUUCAUCAUUCUUUCUUUUUUUCUUUAAUCUUUUUUGAUUUUCCAUUUCUUCUUCAACACUACAACUUUGAAAUGAACCCCAUUGACCAAGUCAACCCCCACUCAUCAUCAUCAUCAUCAUCAUCAUCUAUCUUUGUAUUUCACGUCUGGAGUUACCCACAAAAAUCUUUCAAAACUUUCUCUGCCCACCAUCUGUUUGAUGAUUUUUCUCAAAGAAAUUUAAUAGCUUUUCUUCAUUUUUAUCUCAUUUUCCAUCUGGUUAUUUUAUAAACAUUGUUUAAAAGUCAUUAACUUACAAAUUUAUAAUCCGAGUUUUUCGGUGAUUUUGUACUAAAGAUUGGAUAUUUUUCAUCUGGAUCAUAUAUAAAGAUUGAAAAAACUUAAUGACUCUACAUAAAUCUUGAAUUUUUGGGCCUUAGUUGCAAAUUUUUUAAACUCAAGUUAGUGUUUACUUGGUGAUUGUGUACUAAAGAUUAGUUUUUUUUAAUCUGGGGUUGUUAAGAAAUGGAGGGAAAAGUUGUUAAUGAUGUUGAUGAAGGGACUAGUAGUAGUGUAACGAAAGAAACGUUUUCUUUAUCAGAAUUAUCUCACUCUACACGUAAAUUAAGCUUAGUUCUUAAUGAGUUUAAGGAAAAUAAGAUCAUGGAGACUUCUCCCAUAAGAACAGCUGUUGAAUCCCUUGAAACAGAGUUGGAACGAGCUAAGGCUUUGGUUGCAAGCCCACGUUUUGCAUAUUCGCCACACAAGCGAGUUGAGGAGAUUACGGAAAAUCUUGGAAGGUCUAUAGGUCUUGUAUUGUUUGCUAGUCAUGAUGUGUCGAUGACGGGCAAAGAAAAGCUUGAAACUUUAAGGAGAGAAAUGAUGAGUUGUGCACAGUUUAGUGCUGGAAGUUCUGAUACUAGAUCAGACUUUUUAGAUGAUGUUGAAACCGAGACUAAGGAGUCGGAUUACGAGGUGGAGAAUAUUGUUGGUGAAAUAGUUGAAGUGGAAGAAGAUGUAUCAUGUUGUACUAUUGAAAAUGUUGCUUUGCAGCUCAAGUGUGGAGAUGAUGAACAGCUUAAACUUGCACUUUUUGCCUUGAACACGUUUAUUAGAGAUAAUAAGGCUACUAGUGAUUGGAUUGAUGCUGAGAAUAUUAUCCCAAUUUUAUUCAGUCGGUUAAGUUCUACAAAGCCAAUUAAUCGGUUAAGUAUUAUUCAAAAUCUGAGAAACCUCAUUGCACAAGAUGAUGGAUUUAAGAAAAAGAUGGCGGAGUUAGAUUACUUGUCAGUACUGGUCAAAUCGUUGACUCGGGAUGAGGACGAACAGAGGGAGGCUGUUGGCAUAUUAUCAACUCUGUCUGAUGUUUCUGCAGUGAGGAGAAGGAUUGGAAGAAUUCAAGGAUGCAUAGUUAUGUUGGUUGCUAUAUUUAAUGGUGAAGAUCAAAUAGCUUCCCAUGAUGCAGGAAAGUUGUUGGCGGCUUUGUCGAGUAAUACGCAGAAUGCACUUCAUAUGGCAGAAGCCGGCUAUUUCAAGCCACUAAUAAAGUACUUGACAGAAGGGUCCGACAUGAGUAAAAUUCUCAUGGCAACAGCAAUAUCAAGAAUGGAACUAAGAGACCAAACUAGGGCUUCCAUUGGAGAAGAUGGUGCAAUCCCACCUCUAGUUAAAAUGUUCAAAGAGGGAAAACUCGAAGCUAAAUUAUCUUCUCUGAGUGCUCUACAAAAUUUGUCUACCUUAAAAGAAAACACCCGGCGAUUAAUCAAUUCGGGAAUUGUACCCUCGCUUCUUCAGCUCCUCUUUUCCGUCACAUCCGUUCUCAUGACUCUUCGUGAACCAGCUGCGGCCAUUCUUGCAAGAAUUGCUAAGUCAGACUCUAUGCUGGUCAACCAUGAUAUUGCCCUUCAAAUGUUCUCACUACUUAAUCUUUCGAGUCCUGUUAUCCAAAGUCAUCUCUUGGAAGCAUUAAAUAGCAUUGCUUCUCAUCCCAGUGGUUCAAAAGUCCGAAGAAAAAUGAAGGAAAAUGGAUCGAUUCAACUUCUUUUACCCUUUCUUACUGAAACAAACCCUAAAAUUAGGAUUGGUGCCUUCAGUUUGAUUUACACAUUAUCUAAGGAGUUAUCAGAUGAGCUUAUGGAGCAAAUAGAAGAAACCCAUCUUCUUACCAUUGUAAAUAAUCUCUCUUCUUCGACAUCGGAGGAUGAAAAGGCUAUUGCUGCUGGGAUACUGUGCAAUAUUCCUGUUAAUGAUAAGAAGGCUACAGAUAUACUUAAGAAGGCGAACUUAUUACCUAUUAUACUGUUGAUAAUGACUUCGAAACAAUCAAAUUCAACUACACCUCUAUUGUCACAUCUAGUUGAGAAUAUUGCUGGUAUACUUAUAAGAUUUACCAUCACAUCAAAUCUGAAGCUACAGCAAUAUGCGGCUGAAAAUCGAGUAAUACCAGUCCUGGUAAAAAUGCUGACAGACGGGUCGAUAAUUGCUAAGUGUAGAGCUGCAACUUCACUUGCACAGUUAUCAAAGAAUUGCUUAAAUCUUAGAAAGUCAAAAAAGUCAACGUGGUUAUGUGUUCCUCCAUCUUCAGAAGCAUUUUGUGAAAUUCAUAAUGGUUACUGUUUUGUGAAAAGUACCUUCUGCUUAGUGAAGGCUGGUGCUAUUCCUCCAUUGAUUCAAAUCUUGAAAGGAGAUGAAAGGGAAGCUGAUGAAGCUGCUCUUGAAGCUUUAUCAACCCUUUUGCUAGAUGAGAUAUGGGAGAAUGGAUGUGCUUGUAUUGAGAAACAUGCCGGAAUUGAAGCGAUUAUAAAAGUGAUGGAAUCUGGGAGUUUAAAGACUCGAGAAAAGGCCGUUUGGAUAUUGGAGAGGGUUUUUAGGGUUGAAGAUUAUAGAGUUAAGUAUGGAGAAUCUGCACAGACAGUGUUGAUUGAUCUUGCACAGAACGGUGAUACACAGUUGAAACCCAUAGUGGCAAAGUUAUUAGCACAACUUGAACUCUUACAAGUUCAGUCUAGUUAUUUUUGAUCUAUGUAUAUUACUCAAGUUGGACAUAUGCUUAAAUGUGCUUCAACUUUUUGCCAUUUCAUAAUCAUUUUUUGGGUUUUUGAUUUCCUUUAAUGGCGUGCAUUGUAAAUUGUAAUUUACAUAUACAUGAAUGUGAAAAGUCUAUUGAUUUGAAAGUGUUAUAAGAUAAA